AUGAUGAUGCGUGAAGGAAGAGUAGUGCAAAGUGGAAAGUAUGAUGAACUUCUCAAAGCAGGCCUAGAUUUUGGUGCACUUGUGGCAGCUCAUGAAUCCUCUAUGGAGAUAUUAGAAACAAGUGAUAAUUCCAAUGAUGAUUCUUCUCAGUCUCUAAAACUCGCCUGCAUUGUAUCGAAAGAAAAAAAAAGCGGGGUUGAAAAGCAGUCCUCUCAAGAUCAAUCUAAGUUUGAUGAUAAAACUGCAGCAAAGCUCAUUGAAGACGAGGGAAGAGAAACUGGACAUGUGAGCCUUAAAGUAUACAAACAAUAUUUCACAGAAGCAUUCAGAUGGUGGGGAAUAGCACUUGUAGUAGUAAUGUCAGCUGGUUGGGUGUUGUCAUUUUUAGCUGGUGACUAUUGGUUAGCAAUUGCAACUUCUGAUGGUUUUAGCUGGGUGUUGACAUGA